CCAGCCGAGCCGAGGCGGGAGCGGAGCGAGGCGCGUCCGGACCGCCUGUUCGUCCACGGGCAGCAUGGCCAGGGCCGGGAGGGUGCUGGCGGCCCUGAGGAACCACUGGAAGAAAACUACGCUGGGGGUCUGCCUGCUGAGCUGGGGAGGGAACUGGCUCUAUGGGAAACACUGUGAUAACCUGCUGCGAAGAGCUGCGUGCCAAGAAGCCCAGGCUUUUGGCAACCAGCUGAUCCCUUCUAGUGUGCCAUUGAAGAAAGCAACAGUGUUCCUCAACCCAGCAGCUUGCAAAGGCAAAGCCAGGAACCUUUUUGAAAAGAAUGCUGCUCCAAUUUUGCACUUGUCUGGCAUGGAUGUAACUGUGGUUAAGACUGACUAUGAGGGACAAGCCAAAAAGCUGCUGGAAUUGAUGGAAAACACAGAUCUGAUCAUUAUUGCAGGAGGAGAUGGCACAGUGCAAGAGGUCAUAACUGGACUUCUCCGCAGAGCAGAUGAGGCUGUCUUCAGUAAGAUUCCUAUAGGAUUCAUACCUCUUGGGAAGACCUGCACUCUGAGCCAAACUCUCUAUCCUGAGAGCACGAAUCAAGUCUACCAUAUUAUUAAUGCUACUUUGGCCAUUUUGAAGGGAGAGACAGUUCCGCUUGAUGUCUUGCAGAUCAAGGGAGAAAAGGAGCAGCCCGUGUUUGCAGUGACUGGUUUAAGAUGGGGAUCUUACAGAGAUGCAGGAGUUAAAGUUAGCAAGUACUGGUACCUUGGGCCCCUGAAAACCAGAGCAGCUCACUUUUUCAGUACGUUUAAGGAAUGGCCUCAGAAACGUCAAGCUGCUCUCAUGUAUCUGGGUCCAACUGAGAGACCUCCAGAAGAGCCAGAUGAGAAACCAUCCAGACCUCCUUUGUAUGUGAGGCUUUACAGACGUCUUCGGUUAUACUGGUCACCUCCUCCAAAAGAAAUCCCGCAGGAGGUAGCCCCGGAGGACUGGGAAGAACUGAAGUUAUCCACCAUUGAGCUUUCUAUUGCAACUCGGAACAGGCAGCUUGAUCUGACGCGCACUGAAGACUUCAUGGAUAUUUGUAUUGAAGCAGACACUGUCACCAAAGGACAGUUUGUAAACAGAGGAACUCAAAAGAUGCGUGAUCCACAUAUGUGCCCUGAAGGGAGUCAGUGCAUCCAAGCCAGCAGAUGCAUCUUGCAACUUCCAGAGGGCACUGAGGGAUCCUUUGGCAUUGAUAACGAGGAAUAUGAAGCUAUGCCUGUGGAGGUGAAGCUCUUGCCCCGGAAACUCCGGUUUUUCUGUGAUCCCCGAAUGAGAGAGCAGAUGUUCCACGCAGCAGUACAAUGAGAUUUCAUGUUAAAGGGGCCAGCGUUUACCAGUCUUACGUGGGUCUGUUCAAGGCACGCAAGACCUCAUCGACUUCAUUAGCCCCACCAGACUAGUAAGCCAUUUGGCUAUUUUUAAGCACAAGGUACUGCCAUUGGAAGUAGCUGGUUUGGCUAGUCUCGAAGGGGUUAAAAAUGCAGGUGAAAAUUCUAAGAAAUGCAUGUUAACUCGAUGGCAUCUUCAGCCCCACCCCAAAGAAGUCAUCAGUGUUCCAUUUACAGCACUGCAGGCUGAGUGCUGUGUGCCAGAUGCUACUGCUUUAAUGCAAUUGUAUAUUAAAGUAAAAUUAAAGCACAUCCGUCCUUGUGUUUUAAGAGUUUAGGUCUACUUCAUCUAUGUAUAAAUCUCACAAAACCUGGGAUCUUGAAAAAUUUAUUUUUGGGGUGUAAUAUGAAGGAGCUCUGUGAAAUAGGUUGCUCAGGGAAGUUGUGGAUGCGUCCUAGAAGUGUUCAAGGCCAGGUUGGAUGGGGCCUUGAGCAGCCUUGGUCUGUUGGGAGGUGUCCCUGCCCAUGACAGGGUUGGGUGGAACUGGAGGACCUUCAUGGUCCCUUCUAACUCAAAUCAUUGUUUCUAUGAAACGUUGGAACUGCCAUAUUAAAACAGGUGGUUGGUUAUCUAUUCUGUCACAAAAUAACUUGGAGACUGGUGAUACAAACUUCAGAGGAAGAUUAAAAAUUCCCCAUGUGUAUCUGGAUAAGAUAUUUAUGUUAUUUUUUUUUUUAUCUUGCCAGCUUCAAGAGCACCAAGUUCCAGUUAUUAAUAUAGUAAAACUAUAUUCUGUUGAUCAAGUUUAGGUAUAUUAUACAGAAGCAAAUUGAAAAAUGUUAUCAUUGACUCAAAGUUGUAUGAAGUACAUGUGCAAAGACUCUUUAACAAGCCAAAUGAGUCUUUUUUUGUAAGUAUUCCUUUUAUUCCUGUAGUAGUAUAACAUGAAUAAGUGCAUCCAAAUAACUUUUUUUAUUCAUUGUGUCUGGUUACUUUUCAAUGUGAACAGUGCUUCUCGCUCCUUAUGCAGCCUGCAUUCCGUAGAGCCCCAGGACUGCAAUUAAUUUUGUUGCUUUUCUGAGCUUUUGUUUAUAGCUUCACUUUAAUUGCUGAAAGGAAAUAUUGACUUAGGCAGAGUUAUCUGCUGCCCUUCUUAUAACUUAGAGGUUCACAUGAUUCUUCCUUGCUUACUGGAAGAAAGAGAAUUAUUCUUCUGAUGUGAUUGUUGCUUGUGCGUAGUCCCUGUAUUAUGCUGUGAUUUAUUCUGGGUUCAUCUGUUGCUUUUCUGCUGUAAUCAAAAUAAGGACAGUAGUAAGUUUACUUCCAGGAGCUUUGUUAAAGACUGCAUCGUGGCUGCAUGCUGCUGCAACAGCAUCCUCUGCUGGAGACUUGCUAAAGGAAAAAAAAAUGAAAGGGGAAGUAGGGUUGUUUUCUAGGUGAUGCCAGAACCAAACUGAAUGCUGUCCUUCCGUUGACUCUAGCGUGGAGGAACUAAUUACCCAAGCUAUUGGGGCAAGCACUCAUGCCUUUCUGAAGAUCUGGGGGAGUGGAAGCCUGCUGGUUCUUUAUAAGAGUUAUGCUGGUGAUAGGGCCUAUGUUGUGCUGGUUUUCUUCUGAUUUGCAGCAACUAAUAGUGCCCAGUGGACUCUGGGAUACUCUCUAAGGAAUAUGUUGGCUGUGCUCUGCUCUUUUUGCUUGCCACAGAGGUACCCGGAACGUUGCUGUGCAGGCACUGGCUCAUCCAGAGUCAGUAGCAGUUGUCAGCACUUGAGUUUUUCAUCAAGCUGAUGCAUCUGUAAUAAAAUUAGCAAUGCUUUUGCUCAAGUGGCAGGAAAGACAAGGCAGCAGCCAUUUCAAAAAAAGGUAUGCUUUAAUUGCAUUAAAAAAAUAUUCAUGUUCUAGUAAGCAGUUUCUCUACACAGCCACAGGCCUAUGGGAGCAACCGCACAUCUGCAAGAUGCAAACAACAUCAGAGCUGUUAGAACUACAGCCAGCCUGCUGCAAGGGGCAAGAUGAUAAGAACUACUUUCUGGUUCAUCUGUACCGGUUUGCAGGGAAAAUGACUAAUUCUCUUCCAUAGUAUCAGACACACAACUCCCAUUGCAAUGUGAUUCCUUGCUUGAGGGUAACCAAGAGCUCCCUUCAAAAUUGGUAUUGUUAAUGUUGCUCUGAUGUUAAAAGUACCAAGGAUCAUCUGACAUACAGGCUGAUACUUAAAUAUUUGUAUCAGGAUAAGCUGAGUAGCUUGUAUAAAUACCAUUCAUUUUUUUCCUCUUCCUUUACAAUUCAGACGUCUUCCAGUAUGGAGUGGUUCCAGUUCUCUGACCUGCAGCAUUCAGAGGGGAGGUGUAAGGAAAACAUUACAUAAAAUAAGCAGGGGCUGAACCUGCUCCCUGCAGUGUUGAGGAAAGGACUCAGUUCUCAUGUUUCUGUCUGACAGCACGACAAGCAACUUUCUUUGUAUGAACUCCAAUACAGGAAGUAGAAAACUCAUGAAAACGCUUAUCCUGGCUUCAACUUACAGUCCAUUCUAGAAGGGCUUAAAAUACAGUAACAUAAAUAAAAAGGAAGGCUAACAACCUAAUGAUGGACCAGCCCAAGGCACCUGUUUAUUUUAACCACCAUUAAACAUUCCCAUUUGAAUGGCAUGUUGCAUCAACCAGGACUUGAAAUCCUAGCUCAUAGGCAUUUAGUACUCUCUGUUUUAUACAGGCAUGUCAUUCUGUUAAUUCAGUUAUGUUCCAGUCCCUCACAAAAGACAAAUGCGUUGUCUUCUCCCAUAAUCACUACACCCACUCACUUUGGGCAGGGAAGUGGGGGGGGUUGGAAUACAGGGUGGAAAGGAUACAGCAAUUAACUUUGAAGUAAUAGUUAUGAUGAGGGAAUUUUCGUUAUGAUGAGGGAAUUUGGGUUAGUAUGCAUGCUCUGUACCUGGACUUUAGCAUUCAGGACAGUGGUUUUGCCCUUCCCCCUCCUAGACAUGCCAGUCCCUUGCAUAGUCUGUCACCACAAGGGCCACAGCUGCUCCUACAAUUUGCCCAUUAACUUUGGCAGUUCUUAAAGUGGAAGAAGCAUCAUAGUAGCACUGCUUUACAGAACAAGCUGUACAGUAAGCUACUUUCCCUCGAAAAAGUGAUGGAAUUUUCUUCUGCCCUUAAGGAUGCUGGAUAGUGAGCUCAUCUCCUGUGACGGACAUGACCAUUACCUCAAUUAUGUUGGAGUAACUUCAUCUAUGCUACAAAAUAAGGCAUUGGCACAUCUCUAAGAUAAAGAUGAACUCUAAUUCAGUAAAAUGCCUGUCUUCUAGUAUCCACUAUAGUUCUUAGUUGUACUUGGCUCUAUGCAGCUUGGCCUAACCUUGCAGUGAGAAGACUGGUAUGAUUUAAGUGUCUGGCAUGGUAUCGCUUGUUUAGAUUGAAAACCUAGCUUUUAUUUCUCUCCCAAGCUUUACCCUCCAAUCCAGAUAGUACAGUAGUAAUAAUUCAUUACUUGAUUAUACAUUUCUCGUGCAACUUGAGUUAAGAUGCAACUAUGAAGCUCUUGCUCUUCUGUUUAAACUCAAGCAAACACCAACUGAGAACUUGGCAAUGGCUGUGCUAUGACUUGGGUAUUAAGAGAGAAACAUAUCAGACUUUAUCUACAAGGGCACAGAUUAUAUACAGGGUUACCAUAGCCACCGUUCAGCCAGGGCUCUGAUCAGAAGCAACUGACCAACGACAUCACACCAAAGAAAAUAAAGGCACCACUGUAAAGGCAAAGUACUUCAAAUGGAGAAGAGGAUUUUUGCAGAAAUCAACAAUAUUCUAUCUUAGGCCAGCCACACUUUCCUCCCUCUUUUAAUUCAAAAUACAUCAAGUAAUUCCCUUCUAGCUGCUAGUA